AUGGCAUCCCGAAAAUACUCCAGUUCGACGGCGACCAUGGCACUUCCGCCGCGGGCCUUCCCGUCCAGCGGCUUCAAGCUGAUCGACCCAUCCGAACGCGUCGAGGAGGAGCGGCUGCCCUUUUACAACCCCAAGGACUAUUACCCUAUGCGGAUCGGCAUGGUACUGGAAGACCGCUACCAGGUUGUUGCUAAGCUUGGGUACGGCACAACCUCCACCGUUUGGCUCUGUCAUGAUCUCAUUUGCGAAAUCCCCUCCCCUAGAGCGCGAAAGUACUGGGCGCUGAAGGUGCAUGUGGACACCUUGACACAAAAUCAAGAGCUGCAGGUUUACCGGCACCUGGCUGGUGUCACUGUCGAGCACUCAGGCCGAGACUUCAUCCGUCAACUCAACGAUUCCUUCGUGCUGGACGGUCCCCAUGGGAAACAUGAUGUUUUCGUCAUGGAACCCUUGGGUAUGAGCCUGAGGACGCUUCAGGAACAACAGCAGAACAGAGUCUUUUCCGAAACACUUGUCAUCAACGCCCUCGAUCAGGUGCUGCGCGGCCUGGACUACCUCCACGAUUCAAACGUGAUUCACACCGGUGGAGGAGGGAGAUGUUCGCAAGCCUUCAGCGAGGAAACAAGCCGGGGACAGCAUCAUCUACACAUCGGCAGCGUACACGAGGGGCCGGCCAUGCCACUGCAGUAUCGUGCACCGGAGGUCAUCCUCAACAUGCAAUGGGGCUCCCCGGUCGACGUCUGGAGUGUUGGACUCUUGGCAUGGGACCUUCUUGAGGGCGGCAGCUUGUUCAAUGUUCAAGAUGCAGCUCCGACGGCAUUGAACGACGCCCACCAUAUCGCGGCAAUGGUUGCUGUUCUCGGUCCGCCGCCGGCCGAAUUUCUUGCCAGGAGUGCGGAAACGGCCAAGUAUUGGAACAAGGAUGGCACCUGGAAGGGCCCUGUUCCCAUACCCGGUAAGAGGAGCUUGGAGUCUCUCGCUACUAAUCUGGCGGGGGAUGAAGGCGCUGCCUUUGUUGACUUCCUCGAAUCACUGCUCUGCUGGCUUCCCGAGGACCGGCUUACUCCCGGGCAGGCCUAUUUUUACCCUUGGUUGCGAGGCUGA